UGAAACGUCCUGAGCCUGCGAGCAUCGCAAUAACAACAUGGCGUCGAAAGAAGUGAAGACUUUGCUCAAAAAAGCUCGCGACUCCAUACGAAAUAAGGAAUAUAAAGAUGCCCUAAAACACUGCAAGGCAGCCCUAAAGCUUGAGAAGAAUAAUUACAAUGCCCUGGUUUUUGUUGGUGUUUGUGCCACCGAGCUUGGGCAGCUAGAACAGGCUCAGGCUGCGUAUAAAAAAGCCAGUGAUGAGGAUCCAAGUCAAGUCUUAGCCUGGCAGGGGCUUGCAUCUCUUUAUGAAAAAAAUCAAGAAUUUCGACAAGAUCUUGCCGGUGUAUAUGUCCAGCUACUACAGCUAUAUGAAAGAGGUGAUAAGCUGAAGUGGAAAGAAAUCAGUCUUAAACUAUGUGAUUUGUAUAACCAACAAGGUCACUUUCUUAAGGGUGCUGAUAUACUGGAGGAGCUUAUCAAGUCUUCUGAGGAUGAAGCAGAGCAGUACACCUGGUGGAGCCAGAUUGCUGAGAUGCUAACAGAGGAGCUUCAGGCAACUGAUCUUACAGAGAUAAAACUCAAGCUAGACAGAGCCUAUCAGCACCUGACCCAGGAAGAGUGGCCAUACAGAACCCAGGAAGACCUCGCCAAACACUAUAUCUCCUACAUCCAGUUUCUUCUAAAAAUUCAGAUUGACAGCAACUCUGAGGUUUGUGAGGAGACGAGACAGAGAGUCCUCUAUCAGUGCCAGGCGAUGGCCAAGGCAUGCCCUGGGUCAGCCUUCCCCCUUGAGACCCUUGGGAAGUUAUGGCUGGAAGAUGAUGAUGCAGGUGAUGCCCCAAGUGUGUUUGAAAGACUAUGUGAACUUGAACCAAGUUCAGGUGUUGGUUUGAUUGGUAUGGGCUGCCAACAGAUGAAGAAUAAAGACCUGAGCGGUGCCCUGCAAAACCUGGAAAAAGGCUUGCAGUCUUCCCCACAAUGCACUGCUGGUUGGCUUUACCUUGCCCAGACACGGCUUGGUUGCCACGACUACAGCCAUGCAGAAAAGAGCUCUAAAAAAGGAUUGUCAUGUCUUGAUAGCACCCCAGGAAUGAUCCGGAGAUCACAGUUUAGUUUCAAAUUAAGUUUGGUUAUGGCUGAGGCAUUGUACAAGCAGGGACUAGGAAAAGCAGCGGAAGCUAAGUUGGUUUAUGAGCAGCUACUGAAGGAGUCUAAAUCAUUGGAAGUGUACACUGGUCUUGGGGAGGCGCUGCUUGUGCUGGGAGAGACAAAUGCUGCCAAUGAGGCUUGUUCCAAGGCCCUUGAGAUUAACACCAAAUACCACCCUGCUCUAGCUCUACAGGGUAAGAUCAGCCACCACGAAGGCUUCAAUGAUGACGCCGAGCUCAGAUUUCUGGAAGCAAUUGAGUUGUGCGAGGACUGCGCCCUAUACCAUUUUCUCCUGGGCAAGCUGUACUGGGAAAUGAAUGGAAAUCUAAGAGCAGACAAAAGCAAAUGCCUUGCACAGUUUUUAAUGGCCGCUCGGCUUGAUCCGCACUCAUCGGCGACAUUUCUGCAUCUUGGUCACUAUUACCGGCUCGCUGGAAACGACCUCAGGAGGGCUUGUCGAUGCUACCAGAAAUCAUUCGAUCUGAAUCCUAAAGAUGACAACGCUGGCAGCCAUCUUUGUGACUUAUUAUCUCAGCUUGGUGAAGAGGAUGCUGUAAUGAGCCUCUUGAGCCGUGUGACCAAAGCUGCCCCACCGGGGGAGGGCAAGUGGGCGUGGUUACGACUGGGACUUUAUUAUCUGAGGCAUAAUGAUAGCAACAACUCAGUUACAUGUUUUCAGAAUACUCUGCGAGCAGAUCUGAAAGACAGACACUGUUGGGAAUGUCUGGGCGAGGCUUACCUCAGCCGUGGUAGUUACACCGCCGCUCUCAAAGCAUUCACACGCGCUACUGAGCUUGACCCAACAUCUACAUACUCCCUUUACCAGACUGCCGCUAUUAAGCAGCUUCUGUGUAUCUUUUCUGAGGCCGUUCAGGAGUACCGUGAGAUCCUGGGGCCGAAGCCCGAUUACGUGCCAGCUUUGAAAGGUCUGGGUGAGGCGUGUCUUUGCCUCGCUAGGUCGGCGCUCGCAGAGGACUUUAACAGUCGGGCCGUUGACCAUGUGGGAGAAGGUCUCCAUGCUCUGGCAAAGGCUGUUGAGAUUCGUCCUGGUAUGUCGUGCCUAUGGAAACUUAUUGGAGACUGCUGCACGGUGCUUCAUCCUGUCGCCUCUUCUUCUGUCAGCCUUCCGUUACCAGAGGUCUUGCAGAAAUGCCUUGGCAACGACUCGGUUGCUGUUGCAGGAAAAAAAGAGCUACUGAGUAUCGGAACAAGUGCUUAUGGCCGCGCUUUGAAGUGUCUGCCUGAUUGUGCAAGCCUCUGGAACGACCUCGGCUUCAGUUAUUUCUUGCAAGCAAAGGUUGCGGACGAGGGACGCGACCGUCUUGCUCAAAGAGCUGUACAGGUACUCAAGAAGGGAGUGUCACUUGAACCAACCAAUCACAAGCUCUGGAAUACACUAGGGGUCGUUUGUGGCUCGUCGCUGGUGGAUAACCCGGAUCUGAGUCAGCACGCAUUUAUCAUGUCAAUCAAGACCGAGCCUAACAAUGUGUCGGCGUGGACAAAUCUCGGGGUUCUUUAUCUCAAACAUGGAAAAGUCGAGCCUGCUCACGAUGCCUUCAAGUACGCACAAGCUCUUGAUCCAUCAUACACUGCGGCCUGGGUCGGGCAGGCGACUAUCGCGGAAAUUAUUGGUAGCGACGAAGCCGCCGAUUUGUUUCGCCACACUACAGAGCUAUCUUCCCAUACGGAAAGUAGUGUAGGCUAUUGCCACUGGAUCUGCACAGACCUGUUGAGUGGUGAUCGUAUCAAGACCAACAAGCCUACACCCAGCCUGUCCCACCUCCCCACGGGAUACAGACGUGCUGUGCUGAAUGCUUCUGUUGCCAUGACGAAGUAUACGGACCGCAUCAGGGGUAUCGCAGGCGCAUAUAACAUGCAUGGACUUUUGCUGGAGCAUCAGUGCUUGUACCGGCAGGCGCAGCGCGCCUUCCACAGCGCGGUAAAACUCCUUGAAGGUGACGGCGCUGAGCAAGAUCUGUUGAAUACGGUCCACAUAAACCACGCAAGGGCUCUCAGUGCCCUAGGCAGGCAUGACGAAGCAGUUGCUGAGUACCUCCAAGUGAAACCACUGACCGGGUUCUAUGACGUAUGCGGGCUCGCUCUGGCUUACUAUCUAUCAGGCAACAUUGCCGAAAGCUACCGUAGUGAGUAUAUCGACUCCAUUCUUAGAUGUUGGCUCUUCUACACCCAAGAAGCACUUCCCGUCGUUUUGUUUUAG